UAGAAGGGGAAAUUCUAAAACACGUCUGCCGAAUCUGUCCAAAAAAGAAUCACACCUCUUCAUCAAUAUGUCUCGAUUUUGUCAGUGUGUAAUGCUGAGACAUGGUGGACGGAAGUAUUUCGAAAAAAGUAUUUCAAGUUCAAGAACAAUAGCUUGGAAGAGUCAGUGGAGUCCAGACACACCAACCGUAGCAGUUACACAUCAUGCACAAUACAGAAUAUAUCACAAAGCGCCUCCCAACGAUCCUCGAUCUAUGUGGUCUUCCUCAGUACAGUCCUUGACCAACUUGUCCAGUCUUCACCAAACGCACAACAAUGUCUCCCACCAGAAGGUUCUAUGGCGUCACACGGCCAUCCCAACACCAAUCAGUUGGAGGACUCAUUUACAACAUGAUCGGGGGUUUCAUAUAUCCUCUGUUCUCGGGAAAGAACUGGAUGAAACAGACACAAAAAUUGAGCAGACUGUUAAAGUCCUGAAAGAGAAAAGGAAAGAAAAAGCGAGCGCCGAGGCCAUCAAAAUGGCGGGACCGAUGGCAGAUGCGGCGCCCUCACAGGAGAUUGCGCUACCGAAGAAGCCGAUGAUGCAGAGGAUAAAAGAUGAGAUCAAACAUUAUUGGAACGGCUUCCGAUUACUGGGAGUGGAUUUUAAGAUCUCUGCUCGCCUGUUGUGGAGGGUUUUGCACGGACACUCGUUAACGAGGCGGGAAUACAAACAGUUUACUCGCACUGUGUCGGACUUAUUCCGCAUCGUUCCUUUCUCCGUCUUCAUCAUCAUCCCGUUCAUGGAGUUUCUAUUACCCAUCGCUCUCUGGCUGUUUCCCAACAUGCUGCCGAGUACCUUCCAGUCACUCUCCGAUAAGGAGAAGAAACUGAAACAAGAAUUGAAGGUGAAGUUGGAGAUGGCCAAGUUCUUACAAGACACUAUUGAAGACACGGCACUACAGAGCAAGAAACCCAAGGCAACCGAGAGGGCAAAACAGUUUGCUCACUUCAUAGAAAAGGUCCGCACAAGUGGCAAGCAGGCGAGCAACGAGGAGAUCAUAAAGUUCUCCAAGUUGUUUGAGGACGAGUUGACGCUAGACAGCCUGAAUCGUCCGCAGCUGACUGCCUUGUGUCGACUGCUGAGAAUGCAGCCAGUUGGGACCAACAACUUCCUUCGAUUCCAGCUCCGUAUGCAACUUAGGUCCUUGAUGGCCGAUGAUAAGAUGAUCCAGAAGGAAGGAGUAGACAGUUUGAAUGUGUCUGAGUUACAGGGUGCUUGCCAGGCUCGUGGGAUGAGGGCACUUGGGGUUCCAGUGGAGAGGCUCAAGUCACAACUACAACAGUGGUUGGAUCUUCAUAUCAGCGAGCAGAUUCCCACAUCUCUACUCCUCUUGUCACGUACUCUGUUCCUCCCUGAGACAUUGUCGACCCCUGACCAGCUCAAGGCCACCAUUGCAUCGCUACCUGAGGCAACGACUGAGGAGGCCAAGGUGAAACUUGCCGAGUUGGAGGGUGAGAAGGUGGACAAUACGGACAGGCUCAACAUCAUCCGCAAGGAGGAAGAGGAGAUCAAAAAGGAAAUGAUGGAGAGAACUGAACAACAGGAACUGGAGAAGAAAAAGGUUGCCGAAGCUAUGGCUGCUGAAGAGAUGGUUGAUAACGCAGAAGUCCAGCAGCAGCAUGUGAUCAUUGUCCUGAAAGAACCGCAGAGGACUGAAAUAGCAACAGAAGCACCAGAGGUUGAUGAUGAACUGACGAAGAAAGAUCUUCAAGAUAUUGGAGACAUCAUCAAGGAGAUUGCUGAGGAGAAGGAGAGCAUGCUGCCAGAGAAAGGAGACCUGCUGGAACUCAGACAAGAUGUGGAGGAAUACAAAGAGGAUCUUGAGGAUCUCAAGAAAGAAGUGGAGGUUGCCGAAGACGUCCACGAGCUCAUUGAGUCCAAGUCUUCGGCCCGUCUUGGCAAACGAGUCACCCGGAUGGUGGGCCGCCUGGAGAAGAUCGUGUCUGAGCUGGAGGAGGAGAAGAAAUCAUUGGUCCAGGAGAAGGAAGAUCUUAAGGAUGACUUGGCCGUCAGGAAAGAGGAGGAGAUGGAGAUGAACACGGAGGCGGAGCAGAAGAUGGAGAGCCAGAUUGAUGGCAAGAAGAAGAGCAUACUGAGGGUGGAAGAGCUGGUGGAAGCCAUCCAGAAGCUGGGCAAGGUAUCAGAUGAGGAUAAACUUCAUCGUGUCGUUCAGGUACUAGACGAAGAUCAAGAUGGUGUGAUCAACAUCCACGAUGCUAUCAAGGUUAUUGAGCUGAUUGCCAAGGAGGACAUUGCACUGAGCACCAAACACGUCGCUGACAUCAUGGACCUCGUCUCUAAGGAAGAGGUACUUCAAGAACUGGAGGAGGCAGUGGAGCGUGAAGAACAGGAUGCAAUGGAAACUACCGCCAAUGAGAAGAAGAUCUAAGAGGUCAAAGGUCAUGUCACAGGUCAAGAGAGCGAGAGCAGUUCUGGGCAAGCUCGAGUGCGCAAUUUUAGUUGAAUACUGACCAGCAACAUACGAAUGUAGAAGCCUAGCAUAACUUCCAGACUGGUUGUGAUACUACACACAAAUGGGAUGUACAGUAAACACAGUAUAAUGGCCUGCAAGGUCAAAGGUACGUCUGGCAGCAGCCUUGCUACCAUGGGCAGCGCACCGUAUCACCCGCUAGCUCUGUGUACGUCUCUAACCCCUGGGAGGGAAACUCCGAUCCGUGUAUUUGAUUGGCUAUCAUAUACGCACACAAUUUGAAAUGCUGUGCGUCUCCAAAAAGCUCUAUACGUCGAAACGCGUGCGUAUAAAGAUGUACGUAUUCACUUUUUUGUCAUGCAACACUGAACGCCAAGGCAAGUUUAUGACUUUUAUUACACACAUCGCAUCCAGCAUGUGCGCGACUAACGCACAACACAGACCAGAUCAACCACAGGACUAAUUGUAAUAUCCCUUAUAUUUGGAUAUUUUGGAGUUACACUUCCAGGGGUUAUGAUCGAGCAAGGCAUGCUGGCACGGCGAGAUCGAUCACCCCUGGGAACGAGGCUGAUCUGGCAGGUAACCGCCAUCGUCUGAAACUCUAGCUAUUAUCAGAAUAAAAUGCACCAUCAUCUUGUAUCCAUGCUUUUUAGUUGACAUCUUUUAUUCUGGAGGGUGAUUUUAUUGUAAAUUUUGUUGAGAAAUUAAUGAUUUUGUUAAAGGGAUAACUUAUUGAUAUCUCUGAGGCCACUGUGUUUACUUGAAAACUAUCCUUCGUAGAAUGUGGUUUGUACAUUGGGUUUGUACAUUCAUGCUGUAAACUUUCAGGGAAUCUACCUUAGAAGUGGCCUGCAACCAUAUAUUAUCUCUUUUGAGGGAGUGUUGGCUCUGAAAAGAGCCGGUGUGGUCUCGACGCUUCAAACAGUAUACUCUGCUCGUCUCCUGGAAGCUGUUCUGGUAAGCAACAUUUUGUUUCUGCUGAAUAACCCCUAUUAUAUGAAAUUGAAACCAGGUAUAAAUCCUAAUGUGAUUUGGUUUAUAGAGUGAGAAGUGAACAUUAUUUUUUAUUUGUGACAAUCAAUUCCUUAGGAAUGGUAAUGCUGCAAGAGACUGCUGGAAAUUGGCUGUAAAUUUAUAGGAGAAUAUCCAAAGUGUAAAACGAUGAAAUAGUAACGUUAGUGAUUUACAUGUAUUUAAAAAUGGUGCAGUUCUGCUGCUUUAAAGAAACAAUUAAGGUGUGCAUUUUGUAAAAAUUAGUAACAUACCGUUGAUAUGCGAAGAGAAUACGGGAUCUGUUUCUAUGCUAUAUACCAAACAUACUAAUUGAUUUUUGGCAAGGCAGAAAGCGUUUUUUGUUACAAAAUAUCAAUAAAUUUUAUUUAUGCUAGUUUGACUAUAGUGAUUUUGUAAGGACCUUAAGAAUGGGUGGGGUUGGAGAGUGUUUAGAACCAUAACAUUAUCACAUUACAUGUUCAUUAUAUACCACCUUGGAGUUUCUUUGUUUGAGUUGUGUAGAGAUUUCAAGAGUCGUCUUUCAAGAUGCAUUUAAAAAUGAACGCUGGGAAAAAAUUAAUCAGCCAUGUUUAUGACUGCAUCAGUAUUGUCAAUUGUUUUGGUUGUCAAUGUUUUGCUCAUCGAUUAUUUUUUAAUAAGGGAAUAAAAGGGUAGCUACGAGUUCUUUCACGGCCGUUUAAAACAGGGUCGUUGCCGUGUUUCCGGUUCCGUUUGUCCGCUAAAAAGUCUUGGUGCAACAUGUUUUCAUUUCACACACAGCACGGCCAACUCACCGAUAGCGCCGGCAUCGCCCUUAACAAGAAACGUCUUGCACCAAUACAUGCGCAGAGUAUCCGCUCACAACCAGUUAUAAACACUGGUCAUUAU